UUUAAAAUGAGCGAUUUACUUAAAAAAACUCUCAAAGGGCAGCAAUAGAAUAAACCACCUUUCCCAAAGAAAUAGAUGCAGAGUAAUUUAUAUUAAUAUUGGAAGACGAAGACGAAGAUGAAGCUGAUGAGAAGGAAGAGGAAUAAGAUUAAUUUGAUGUGGAUUUUAAGUAAAGUGAAUGAUCAAAUAAUUCAUAGCAAGAAUACGAUUCCUGUUAAGUUACAAGGAUCUAAACCAUAACCAAUAAAAGCAGAUCAUAAUAUUACUCAUUGUAUGAUUAUAAAUAUAAUAAGCCCAUCAUUAAAAUCCUUAAUAGGCAAAAGUAACAAAGAAGAUUCAUGAUUAUUCUCCUUAGCAGUGGAAUGACUUUUAUGAUGAGAUGAUAUUCCAUCCAAAUGUAAGGCAGUUACAAUAAAAUAGGGAACACCCAUAUACAUUGCUGGAAAAAAUAAAGCCCCUAUAUACUUGUGUUUACAUGGAGCUGGACAUUCUGCAAUGUCCUUCGCGAAUUUGGCAAACGAAGUCAAGCAAUAUGCAACCUUGAUUUCGUUUGAUUUUAGAGGACGUAAAAAAAUCUAACUAAAAUAAUAGAUGGCCAAUCAAAAAUUGAAUUGGAGAAUCCAAACCUAAGUGUUUAGUAGUUAUUGGAUGACGUUGUUGAAAUAUUCGAUUAUGUGACUACAUAAUGGCCAAAAUAGACUGUGAUAAUAGUAGGUCAUUCCAUGGGAGGAGCUAUUGCAGCUAAAUCUGCAAAUUUAUUGAUAACUUCAUAGAAAGCAGACAAGGUUUAGGGUAUCAUAGAUCAAUAUUCAUCCAAUAGGCUUGAUAGUGAUCGAUGUAGUAGAAGGCAGUGCCAUUGAAGCAUUACCAUUUAUGGAACAGAUUGUAAAUAACAGACCCAAACAUUUUAAAUCUUAUGAACAAGCUAUCCAAUGGAGUUUGAAUACUUCAACUUUAAUGACUUUGUCAUCAGCCAGAGUAUCAAUACCAGCCUAAUUGAAAGAAGUCAAAGACCAGAAUGGGAAUGUGAUAAGUUUGGAUUGGAAGGUUGAUCUUUUGAAGACAGCACCUUAUUGGAUGGGCUGGUUUGAAGGAUUAACUAAUCAGUUCUUGCAAAUUAGAAUACCGAAGAUUUUAAUGUUGGCUGAGAAAGAGAGAUUGGACAAGGAUCUUACAGUGGCUCAGAUGCAAGGAAAGUUUAGAUUGAUUGUGUUGUAGAAUACUGGUCAUAGCAUUUAGGAAGAUGAUCCUAAAAGCACUGCCUAUAAUUUCCAUGAUUUCAUAUUAAAAUUCAGGAUCCCAACUACAGUGGAAGAAGUUGAGAAACUUAAGCAAGUUGGAAUUGGAAAGUUUCAUCCCACAAUUGGGAAUUAUGAAUAUUAAUAGAAAUAUUAUUGAAUAAUAUGUUCAUUAGAAAUAC